CAGAGGUAAACGUCGUCGUAUGAGCAGCACGCUUGCUGAGUUGGUUCCCCCUCGCAAUCCCAUGAACUUUUGCCGUUAAUGGAAGAACAAAAACGUUUGUACUACCACUCCUCAGUGUUGCUUCUCCUUCAAUUCGAUCUUCCUCCGUCGCAAUAACAAUGGCGGAGCAAGACAUAGCUUGGGAUUUUCACCUCCGAAAACUCUCUGCUAGUGGCAGAGACUCCAACACCGCCAACGAUCCCGCUUCCGAUCCCUCCCUUCUUCUCUCCGUGAAGAAGCUUCAUCAACUAUGCAAGACCGAAAACUCCGAGGACUUGGUGGCUAGGGUUUAUCCCCCGAUUAACAAGAUUUUCCACCGCGCUGUUGCUUCCCUUCCUCAAUCUCGAACCUCCAAUGGCCUUCUUCUACUAGCAGUUCUUCAGUUUUACCUAGACUUUGGGGAGAUUGUUCUUCACGAUGCUGAUCCUAGUCUUAGGACAUUUUUUCGUUCGUGCUUGAGCAGGGAGUUUGCUGAUCCUGUUGUCGCUGAGGCAACGCUUGAAUUUCUCAUUAUCAACAAGAAGAAGCUUCAGACUUCCUUCCCUAAUCUAUUGCCUCAGUUUUUUCCUUUGUUGUUAAAGUUGAUUGCUUGGAAUGGGGACAGAUUAGAGAAGCUAUUUUUGAAAGCCUUCCCGAGCUUCAUGUCACCUGGGUCAUUUAUUCCCCUAUUUCCAUAUUUAAUAGACUUGCCAAUUUUGGUAGUAGCAUUGGAAAAGGUGGAAAAAAGCUCAGGACCACUAAUUGGGAGCAGCAUAGCUUCUAUUCAGAAAAAUACUGCCCCUAAGAUGCUACUUGCCCUUAUGGAUGAGGCAUAUACUGGUUCAACUAUAGAAGAUGGUGGAGGAGAUUCUGAAUCUGAGGAUAGCAGUGCAAUUGAUGUAGCUGAUCCUUUGUUCCUUGAGCUUUUAAAGGAUGAAAAUGAUGGUAUCGCUGAACGCCCGUGGUCAUCUCCAGUGAUGGCCACAAUAUUGCAGGCUGCGGUCAACAGUCCUUACUCUGAUAGGCUGAAAGCAACACUCAGCAUGGCACCUCAUCUUCUUGAUGUGUACUUCUCCACAGCAUUGCAUAAUGUUAAUAAUUCUUUGAUUUGUGCAUUGAUUCCCCUGCUUAUGUCAAGAUUCGCCACAAUGUUUCCAGACAAAAUAUUUUCAUAUGAGGUUCGUAAGCGGCUUUUGGAGUUUAUGCUCUCUACAUUUCAGCGCUCACCAAACUUCAUUGCCCUUUUAAAGAAACCUAUAAUGGACAGACUUGGAGAAGCUUAUGACAGCCCAGACAAGACAGAAUUGGCCUUGCAAUUAUGUUGGGCCAUUGGAGAGCAUGGUGGAGGUGGUGGAUCUCACAAAGAUGAAGCUCGAGAGCUUUUUGAGAGUUUAGAACUACUUCUGUACGAAAACCUUUCCUCAAGUCGUCUGGGCCUUUCACAGGAGGUAUCCCUUAGUUCUGAUAAGGAUACCUACAGAAUGUCAUCACAGUCCAGGCUUUUAUGUUUUGUUGUGACAGCCAUUGCAAAGCUUGCUACGCACCAUCGAGAGUUACUACCUAGAGCGCGUGUAUCCUUGGGCAAGGUAGCUCGAUCUCGAAUUUCAGAUGCUAGAGUAUGGAGACGUGCAUGUGAUUUCUUGGGUUUGAUGAAAGACCCUGCUAUAUGUUCAUCCAUUCUGGGGCCUUCGCCAUCUGCACAAGGCACAACACAGAAAGUAGGCAGCAUAAACUGGAGUGAAGGUUCAACAAAAAUGAUUGCACAUAUUCCAUUUUACAUUCUAGGGGAACAAGAAGGGCCACCAUUUCAUGAUUUCUCAUUCUCAGAGAUCAUUCCAAGUAGAUGAUGGAAGCUGAAAUUAUACCAGGUGGUCAUCUUUAUUUUCUCCCAGUAUGGUCAUCUUAGUAGUAUCGUUGUGAUCUAUCCUAAAUUAUUUUUGUUUAAUGUGUAUAAUGAUUAAGCCCUCCGUAAAUAAGCAUUCACCUUUUAGUUAUAUAUUAUAUCACUAGAUUUUUGGUUUCUUGCUUGGCUUCUAGCAUUCACUCCUAAAAAUUUAACACUUUAUGAGUGGAUCUUGACUCUUCAUGUCGAAACAAUGAUUUUGUCCGCCCCAUUAGAAAAUAUUCAGACUAACAUAAUGUGAGUUUUCUGUUCAAUUUGUGUAUUAAAAAAGAAUUGUUGGUUUGUA